AUGUACCAGCAAUCAAGAACCCCCUACAAUCGUCAGCAAUACUACAGCCGACCUACAGGUCAGUCGACCUCGACGUCGACUGAAAUCCACGACUCUUUCGCUACACUCCCUUUCGAUCAAUACCAGCCUUACAACCCCCCAAAUAUCCUUCAGCAACCCUUCUCAAGACCACUAGACCUUCCCUUAGACUUUGUCGAUGUGCCAGAUCAAUCGACUGAUGAGGUAGUCUAUUUGGGCCGCGAUACCAUCAUCCAAGAGAUCGACGACCGAUCCUCAGUGCAAAUUCCUUCAUUUUCGUCGGGCCAAGGGGGAUACAACAACCCCUUCGAUACACAGCCUCUGGCAUCAAGUUCGCAGUUACUAGAGCCCUCUGCAAAGAAAGGUGCAUCCCGAAAGGUCAUUGUUGCCGCCAAACAGGCCCGUAAAGGCAACAAGGGUCGAUCUCUUCGACACGACGAAGGAAUCGACCCUUCGACCGCUCUAGAGGCCUCGCAGUCUAUCGUACAGUCUCACCUGAGGGCUAAGGGUACAAAGAAGGUCUAUCAAGGCUACAUGAAGAGGUGUAGAACAUGGCUGGACCUCUUUAACAAAACACGACAACCUGGCGACCCAAAUCUCGAAGGAGCGCUAGACGUCUUGAGCGAACGUUCUGCCCGAUGUGUUCACCUGUUCAUCGCUCACGGGGUCUCAGGCAAGAAUGGUACGAAGCCACACAGCAAAGACACAUGCGAUGGCAUCAAGGCCGCGUUGCGAGCAUACUUUCAAGAGACGUUCGGUAAUCAGUGCUACGGCGAAUUCUGGCACCAGCGAGAGAACGGAACGUGGCAUGGGAACCCUGUGUACGCUGGUGAAGUCAGGGAUCUGAUGAAAUCGAUCAAGAACCGGGAUGGUCGAGCGGGAGUUAGCGAGCAGUCUCUCCCGCUCUUACUACCCGAUCUGCUCGUGCUUGUCAACUGGGUAGAGGCUCAGCUCAAGGUCGAGACUGAUGCUAAAGCUCGAACUGAGUGGUUAUUUGCCCUCGCGUACAUGUGUACUACAUGGUACCUGUGGUGUCGAAUGGACGAGGUACUCAGCCUACAAUACCAGCACGUGUCAGACAAUGCUACCGACCCUGGAUAUCCAGGUCAAAUACUCAAGACGAUCACUCUGACGUUCCGAAAGACGAAUCAGGCUGAUGCGAGGAAGGGUCGUAUCUAUCAGGUUCAUGACCCCACCAAUCCCGACGAGCGCCCUGUUGCCGUUUGGCACCACCUCCAAAACUGGGUGAAACACGUUCGAGCCUUCACCCACGUCGACGCCAAGCCCCACUUCUUUCUGUUUCCUGUUAUCGACAAGUUCGGAGGGGUUGAUAUAGAGAAGAGGAUGUCUGCAGCGACGUGGCAGUCCAUGUUCGAUAGAAUCGUCCACGAUUCAGGCCUUGGUGAUAAGUAUUCGAAUGGAAACUUCACCGGUCACUGUAUGCGACGAGGAGGGGCUCAGUGGCGGUUUGGAGAAGACCCAGCCGUCAAAUGGGCUCUACAGGCUUCAAUAUGGUGGGGAGGGUGGGCUGAAGGCGAGGCUGUCGGUACGAUUGGACGCUAUCUCUUGGAGGAACGUAAUCAGCACGAGGCCUCGUACUCAGACCAGAUGAAUCCUGAGCGUAAUCACGCUCGUCGAAGCAUUCAGUCGUCCUCGACGGAUUUGCAAAUCGCCAAGACCGGUGAUAUAGCACAGCUCCGGGAGGAGAUGAAUCGACUUGCACGGGUCGUAGGACGUGAGAUGGAUGGCCUGCGAACAACAUUGCGAGAUCAGGAGCUAGACAGACCUGUAGAAUCGAUUCCGAUGGCGGGGAUCCUGGGCCAAGUUGCUGAUGCUGUCGUUGCCAGCCUCCUAGCCAAGGGUCUAGUGGGUCCUGCGACGAUCUCUGCAGGUCCUGUGGUGCCAGCACAGGCGUCGACAUCGAGCUCGAGUCGUCCGUUUGAAUCGUCCGAACGUCGUGUCGAAAACAUGCUAGCACCCGCUGCAUCGCAUGUGAACGCUCAGGGUGCAACUACUACGCCUUUCACCGAGCUACGACUCCGUCGUAGCGGUGAAAUCGUGGGAAAUCGACCUCCGAAGAUACCGAAGACGUCGACGGUGAAAGAAGCAGUAAAACAGUGGUUUCAAGCUGGUGGCCACGAAUAUCACUACUACGCCUUGCAGGACUGGCCGAAGCAGUGGUAUUCAGGUGCCAAGGGUGGUGACAUAGUCCAUAAGUCGAUUCAGGUCAUCUACGGCCAGCGAAGUCGAUUGGGGAUGGCGUACUCCAUGCUCAAUGAAGGAGCGACGGAUUUCACCGAAGAGGGCUGGGUAAGAUUCGAGACGAAAUAUCCGGAGAAGAAGAUGACGGACGUCCUCGAAGCAAUCAGGAACGAUCUUGCUGCAUCGGGGAAGAUCACUAAUCGCCCAAAUCGCAAGCAGAACACCGAUAAGUAG